AAGAGGGAGGCGCGCAGGCGCGCUGUGCGCUGGCUGACGAGGGAGGGAUGCGGCGGACGCGACGGCUUUUGGUUUGUUUGGGUUGUGGGCGGUGCGUGCACAGCCCGGGAAAAGCGGGAAAUGGCGGCGCCGAGCGCGGGCUCCUUGCCUGCCCUCCAGCAAAAGGGGCUGAUGGCUGCUGACAGGGGGCGCAGGAUACUGGGAGUAUGUGGCAUGCAUCCUGACCAUCAGGAAGCUCUAAAAAAGAACCGAGUGGUGCUGGCCAAACAGCUGUUGCUGAGCGAACUGUUAGAACACCUCCUGGAGAAGGACAUCAUCACCUUGGAAAUGAGGGAGCUCAUUCAGGCCAAAGUGGGCAGUUUCAGCCAGAAUGUGGAACUCCUCAACUUGCUGCCCAAGAGGGGUCCCCAGGCUUUUGAGGCCUUCUGUGCGGCCCUGAGGGAGACCAAGCAGGGUCACCUGGAGGAUCUGUUACUCACAACCCUCUCUGGUCUUCAGCACAUACUCCCACCGUUGAGCUGUGACUACGACUUGAGUUUCCCUUUCCCGGUGUAUGAGUCCUGUCCCCCUCACAAGCAGCUCCGCCUGUCUACAGAUACUGUGGAACACUCCCUAGACAAUGGAGAUGGUCCUCCCUGCCUUCAGGUGAAGCCUUGCACUCCUGAGUUUUAUCAAACACACUUCCAGCUGGCCUAUAGGUUGCGGUCUCGGCCUCGUGGCCUGGCACUGGUGCUGAGCAAUGUGCACUUCACUGGAGAGAAAGACCUGGAAUUUCGCUCUGGAGGGGAUGUGGACCACAGCACUCUAGUGGCCCUCUUCAAGCUUUUGGGCUACAACGUCCAUAUUCUACUUGACCAGACUGCAAAGGAAAUGCAAGAGAAACUCCAGAACUUUGCCCAGUUACCUGCUCACCGUGUCACUGACUCCUGCAUAGUGGCACUCCUGUCUCAUGGCGUGGAGGGUGGCAUCUAUGGUGUGGAUGGCAAACUGCUUCAGCUACAAGAGAUUUUUCGGCUCUUUGACAAUGCCAACUGCCCAAGCCUACAGAACAAGCCGAAAAUGUUCUUCAUCCAGGCCUGCCGUGGAGAUGAAACAGAUCGUGGGGUUGACCAGCAAGACGGAAAGAACCACGCGAAACUCCCCGAGUGCGAGGAGAGUGAUGCUGGUAAAGAGGAGUUGCUGAAGAUGCGACUGCCCACUCGCUCAGACAUGAUAUGUGGCUAUGCCUGCCUCAAAGGGACUGCUGCCAUGCGUAACACCAAACGAGGUUCCUGGUACAUUGAGGCCCUCACUCAAGUGUUCUCUGAGAGGGCUUGUGACAUGCACGUGGCCGACAUGCUUGUUAAGGUGAAUGCACUUAUCAAGGAACGUGAAGGCUAUGCCCCUGGCACAGAGUUCCACCGAUGCAAGGAGAUGUCUGAGUACUGUAGCACUUUGUGCCGUCAUCUCUAUCUGUUCCCAGGACACCCUCCCACGUGAUGCCACCUCCCCAUCAUCCAUGCCAGAUGGAGGCCACUGGAUCACAGGAGGCAUGAUAGAGCCUUUUCUCUUCAAGAUGCACGGUUUCUGUUCUUCCCCCUCAGGGAUUGAGAAUCUCACAGACUUGUUUCACAUGCCCGUCAUCUCUGCGUUUGAGUAUGGGACUACAUGCCAGCUUCUCCUGUGUGAAGGCUUCUCCCUGUAGAUCUGGCUCUGGCUCGACUUGUUGCCAGGAGUGUUUGGUUGCAGUAGAGGAGCCUGGCAAAUGAUGUUUUGAACACAGUGUCUUGAUGGGGAGAAGGCACGUGGAUUUCCUCGAUGUUUGUGUUCAGUUCCUGCCCCCAGGGUUUUGUAGUAGCACUUUGGUAAUUGCUUUUAUUACAUUAGUUAAGAUGUUUCCAGAGAUCAUCUCCUAUCUUUUCCUUCUUUCAUAUCCCAACCAUGUUUCUCCCAGAGUGAGAGUUUGGAAGGUGUCCU